CUGAUCCACCAAGGAACUAGAAUGAUUCCCGCUGACUUCCUCAUUCCUGCUCAGUCUCAGCAUCCAAUCAGAGACAACCUCCACCACAAGAUCCUGGUGGCUAACUUCCUGGCCCAGACCGAGGCUCUGAUGAGGGGCAAGACGGCUGCUGAGGCCCGUACAGAGCUGGAGGGGGCGGGCGUCAGGGGGGAGGCCCUGGAGAAGCUGCUGCCUCACAAGGUCUUUGAAGGCAACAAGCCGAGCAACUCCAUCGUUUUCAAGAAGCUGAGCCCGUUCACGCUGGGAGCGCUGGUCGCAAUGUACGAGCACAAGAUCUUCGUGCAGGGCGUCAUGUGGAACAUCAACAGCUACGACCAGUGGGGCGUGGAGCUCGGGAAGCAGCUGGCGAAGCAGAUCGAGCCGGAGCUGCAGGGCGUUGAGUCCAUUAGCUCUCACGACUCGUCCACCAACGGUCUCAUCAACUUCCUGAAGAAGAACUUCGCCUGAAGCGUCCUGUCUCCUCCUCCUCACCUCCGUCCCUGUGCUCCUCUCUCAUUGGCUGAAACAGUAGCGUGCACUGUUUACUGAGCGUUUGUCUGGUUCUGAUUGGACAGGUUAAUGAGGAUUCAACUCUGUUUGUAUCUUAAUUAGUCCUAAACAUCACUUGCUGUCUCUAAUCCACAUUCCACAAUAAAAGCCCCGUUGUUCUCUGAA